UUUGAUUCUUUCCUUUCCUUUCGUAUUGGGGAGAGAAAACGUGAGCUUGAUAUAAAUAAAUCAAUCACCACCACCUGUCUCUCUGCAGAAACAAAACAAUGGUGGUGAUCGAUCCAGAAGAAACCGUACUCGAAAAUACCCCGAAACCUCCCCAACCAGCACCAUCAACAUCAAAAACGACGACGGAUUCGACCAGCAGCGAAACCACCACAACGACAACGAAAGCAGCAGCAGUGAAGGGAAGCGAUUCCGAUGGAUUUGAAACGGCAAGCGAAAGCGGAGUCAGCGACAACGAAGAAGAGCAGGUAGAAAAUGUCAGUAAAGAAAUCAGUAGCAAAAACACCACUGAGGAUCAGCCAAAACAAGAUACUCAAAACGACGACGAAUUGAUUCAGAGAGGUAUAGAGGAAGCAAAUGAAGCAAAGUUGGAAGGGAAUAGGUUGUUUGGAAAUGGGCAAUAUGAGGAGGCAUUAUUACAGUAUGAUGUGGCUUUACAAGUUUCCCCUCCGGACGUGCCAUCAUCCAUUGAGUUGCGUUCCAUUUGCCAUUCCAAUCGCGGCGUUUGUUUCUUGAAAUUGGGGAAAUUUGAGGACACGAUCAAGGAAUGCUCAAAAGCAUUAGAAUUAAAUCCUUCUUACAUGAAAGCUCUUGUUAGAAGAGGAGAGGCUCAUGAAAAGCUUGAACAUUUCGAGGAGGCUAUUGCUGAUAUGAAAAAAAUCUUGGAAUUGGAUCCCUCAAAUGACCAAGCUAAGAGAACCAUUCGCCGCUUGGAGCCACUGGCUGCCGCUAAGCGAGAAAAGAUGAAUGAAGAGAUGAUUGGAAAGCUGAAAGAUAUGGGGAACACUUUGCUGGGCCGCUUUGGCAUGAGCGUUGACAACUUCAAAGCUGUUCAAGAUCCAAAUACUGGCUCCUAUUCCAUCUCAUUCCAACGUUAAUUUUUGGCUGGAUCAGGUCCCUUGAGUACAACAUCAUCAGCUCCUGGAAGAGCAGUGUGAGAAGAAGUCAGUCUGUCUGAUGGAAAGAUAGUAAAAACCAACCCGAUACUUUAUUUUGUGUGCAGAAUUUAUGAAUACAAGAAGGACGAGGAGUUGAUAGAGGAGUAAAUGCAAGGGAACAUUUUUUUUUUGGUUCUCUUAUCGACAGUAUUAAGUGAUGCAGUUUUCCUAUAUGGGCAGUGAAAUUUUAGUUUUUAAAUCAUGCAUUGCUUGGUUUUGUGGUUUGAGUAAUCUGUGGUACUUGAUUAUAGUAACUUUCCUGUGAUGAACAUUGGUAAUCGCUUCCUAAAUGUUCUUCCCCAUUGCGAUUA